AUGGCGGCCAACCCCACAGCGCUGACCCCGCCCCCCGCGCGCGGGGUACGACGGGAGCGCCCCCGUCGCCUCCUUUCGAAUCAAUACAGGAAGUGGCGCUAUGGCAACAGCCGCAACCCCGGCGUGGGGGAAGCGUCUGACGUCAGCUCUCAGCGCGCUGGCGUCACGGCGCCGGCGGUAGUACUGCCCGAGUCCCGGUGCCGCCCCGCGGUGCGGGUCGUGCCUCCCCCAGCGCUGCCCCGAGGUUCCACCGCGCUCCAGUGGCGUGUCCGGGCGGCGGAGCCAGGGCUCGGCGUGGGAGAGAGCCGGCCGCACUGCGCCCAUUCCGUCCCCGGUGCCGCCGUGACCCCGCCGCCGGUAGCCUCUCGCACGGCCCCCGGUCCCGGUUUGACCAUGCGGGAGCGGCUCGUGGUGCUGCUGUGCGCGCUGGCGCGGCGGCGGACGGGCGGGCGGCGCGCCAUGCCCGGCACCAGCGCCGGCGCCUGGGACGGGCCGCAGCGGCGGGCCUGGCUCCGGCACUACUACAGCCAGCGGCAGAAGCGGCUCAUGACGCUCCUGAUUGCUCGCCGGAGGAGAACCAGCUGCUACUUCUACCCCCGUGCUUGGCCUGGUGUCACGGGGGCAGACUGGUGGGAGCGGGUGGUGCUGAAGGAGUUUAGUCCCCGGGACUGGCUGGAGAAGUUCCGGAUGUCCAAGGAGACCUUCUUCUACAUCUGCAACCAGCUGCGUCCUGGGCUGGCUCCGCACAGCGCCCACUUCCACCCCACCCUGCCCCUGGAGAAGAGGGUGGCUGUGGCCCUGUGGCACUUGGCCACCAAUGUGGAGUACCAAACUCUGAGCCCUCUCUUUGGUGUGGGGCCCUCCACAGUGCAGACGUGUGUGCGGGAGGUGAGCUAUGCAGUUGUCUUGCUGCUGAAGCCCCUCUACCUCCGGCUACCCAAUGAGAAGGAGCUGGAGAACAUGGUGCGCAUCUUCCGUACCCGCUGGGGCUUUCCGCACUGCAUCGGUGCCCUGGACAGCCUUCACAUCCCCAUCCACCCUCCCCUGCGCCUCAGUGCUGACUACUGCAAUGGCCAGGGCUGGCAUUCCAUCCUUACACAGGCCACUGUGGAUGGGCUGGGCCAGUUUUGGGAUGUCUCCACUGCUUUCCCUGGCAGCAUGGAGAACAGCGCGGUACUGGAGAGCUCCAGCCUGUGGGUGCUGGCCAAGGAGGGCCGGCUGUGCCCCAACCCUCCCAAGCACUUCAUGGGGAAGGCACAGAAGUACGUGCUGCUGGGUGAUGCCACCUAUCCCUUGCAAGACUGGAUUCUCAAGCCCUACCAGGAGGAUGAGACCCUCACUCAGCGGCAGCUACAGUUCAACUACCGCCUGAAGCGGGCGCACAGCGUGAUUGAGAAUGCAUUCCUGCGCCUGAAGGCACGCUGGCAGAUCCUCCUCAAGUGUGAUGACUGCAGCCUGGAGCUGCUGCCCACCCUCGUCCUUGCCUGCUGCAUCCUGCACAACGUUUGCGAAGCCCACGACAACCCCUUCAACCAGGAGUGGCUGGAGGGCACUGAGCCCACUGAGCUGCCCAAGCCCUGCCAGCCUGCACCCACUGCCAUGGAGGAUGGACGGGCUGAGCAAGUGCGGGAACUCAUGUGCCAGUACUUCGAGAGCUGCGGGGAGGGAAGAUCUGGGGAGGGAUGAUGGGACUGGGGUGGGAAGGAGCAGCCCUGCACAUCCCUGCUUGUGGACUUCCUCCAGCAGACAUUGGUCAAGUGGUACCAUGCUGCUCGGCAAAGGACUGUGUCCUCCCAUGUCCAGUAAGGGCUGCUGACUGCAUUGGCCAUUCCCAGGAUGGGGAAAGGGGGUGGCUGCAUUGUCCUCAUCCUGUUUUUGCCACUUGUUUCAGGCAAUGGAAUGUAUUUUGUGCCCUUUACUCUCUUCCAGGCAUAGA